AUGCAUAGCUUUGCCCAUCCACACCAGGUGGAAAACCGCGCGUUACGCCUACGCGAAGUGGCCACCGCCAUGCAGCAAUACCAGGACGAGCCUCUGCCUUCGGCCGCAUCCGCACACAAUGGCGGUGGCAGUCAAAGCUAUGGUGGCGCAGCACAUGACAUCAAUCGGCUGCACCCCUUUGCCAAUGAAGGUGGCUAUGAGGAGCCAGGCGGCGGCGGUGGCGGCGGUGGUGGUAAUAUUAUAAUUAUCGGCACUGGACCCGCUUUUCAUCCGCGCAUCGGCGGGCUUGGCUUGAACGCGUAUGGCGCGGGUGCGGCAGCCGGUGUGGACGAGGACUCAUUACGCCUAAACGGCAAUAGCGUCUUUAGUAGCAGCAGUGGUGCAGGCGGUGUUGCCGCAGUGGCCAGCGCCACCGGCGUGCAUGGCUCAUUAACAGUACAUAAUGGCCGCAGUACCGGUGAUUGGGAGUACUUCGAUGAGGCGGGGUACAUACGUGGUGGCGCUUUACGCAAUGGCGAGGAUCCCUACAUACGAAAUCGCUUCAAUCAGGAAGCCAGCGAUGCGUUGCCUAGCAAUCGGGAUAUUCCAGAUACACGCAAUCCAAUGUGUCGCACCAAAAAGUAUCGUGAGGAUUUGCCCGAGACAAGUGUCAUCAUAACAUUCCACAAUGAAGCGCGCUCAACGCUGCUCCGCACAAUAGUCAGUGUGCUGAAUCGCAGUCCCGAGCAUUUAAUACGCGAGAUUAUUCUAGUCGACGACUUUAGCGACCACCCCGAGGAUGGUCUGGAGCUGGCCAAAAUCGACAAGGUGCGCGUAUUGCGCAACAAAAAGCGUGAGGGUCUCGUGCGUUCGCGUGUACGUGGCGCCGAUGCGGCGGUCGCCGGUGUGCUCACCUUCCUCGACAGUCAUGUGGAGUGCAACGAAAAGUGGCUGGAACCGCUGUUGGAGCGCAUACGUGAGGAACCGACACGUGUUGUUUGUCCGGUCAUCGAUGUCAUUAGCAUGGACAACUUCCAGUAUAUUGGCGCAUCGGCCGAUUUGCGUGGCGGCUUCGAUUGGAAUUUAAUAUUCAAGUGGGAAUACUUGAGCUCGGCCGACCGUGCGACACGACAAAAUGACCCCACCACUGCCAUUCGUACGCCUAUGAUUGCGGGUGGGCUCUUCGUCAUCGACAAGGCGUACUUCAAUAAGCUUGGCAAGUACGACAUGAAAAUGGAUGUGUGGGGCGGUGAGAAUUUAGAGAUCUCGUUCCGUGUGUGGCAGUGUGGCGGCAGCCUUGAGAUAAUACCAUGCAGUCGUGUGGGCCACGUGUUCCGCAAACGACAUCCGUACACAUUCCCCGGCGGCAGUGGCAAUGUGUUUGCACGAAAUACAAGACGAGCGGCAGAAGUCUGGAUGGACGAUUACAAGCAGUACUACUAUGCUGCAGUGCCGUUGGCAAAGAAUAUCGCAUUUGGCAACAUCGACGACCGGCUGGCGCUGAAAGAGAAGUUGCACUGUAAACCUUUCAAAUGGUAUCUGGAGAAUGUCUAUCCCGAUUUACAAGUGCCGGAAUCAUUCGAAUUUGGCCAAUUCCAGCAAGGACCGAACGAUUGCUUGGACACUAUGGGCAACCUGGUCGACGGCACAGUGGGACUUUUCCAGUGCCACAAUACUGGCGGUAAUCAGGAGUGGGCCUACACCAAACAAGGCCAAAUCAAACACGAUGACCUCUGUCUGACGCUGGUGCAGUUCGCACGCGGCUCCGAAGUGGUGAUGAAGGAGUGCGACAGCUCCGAGAAUCAGCGCUGGACAUUGCGUGAAGGUGGCUUCCUGCGGCACAAUAAGCUCAACGUAUGUCUGGACUCACGUGAUCAGCACGAGCAUGGCGUCACCGCUCAGCGUUGUAAUUCUGCGCUAGAGACACAACGUUGGAAAUUUGUGGCGAACGGAAAGUUUGCGUGAGAUGAGGCGCCGACGGCGGCAUGGGGGACGAUUACGAGAAUGACGGUGACGGGGACGGCAACAGCAACAUCGGAUAUGGAAACGGAUGUGGAUGUGGAUGGAAAUACGCAUGCGAAUGCGAAUGCGGCGACAAAGCACUAAACGAGGAUCUCACUCUUAACAUGACUACGUACACUACUACAACUACAACUGCAACUACAACUACAACUACCACUACUGCGGAAGAACUAUUGUACUCGUAGAAACCCAACAUUAAACGCUGCCACCAAUUGCAAAUGCAGAUAGUACAUUGGCGCAAAGUGAUUGAGCGUAAGCGUGCAACACGCACACACACAAACACACACGUAAGAAAAAUAAGAGCAAGGACUGGUAAAAAGACAUAAAGGACAAUUGGCAAGUAACUAAAAAUCACGCAUCACUCGAAUGCAGGCGAGCAGGGAAAGUGGUAAGCGAAGGAAUGACUUCUGAUGGUCAGUUGGCAGCAAAGUGGCCAAUGGAGGGUAAUACAAAAGGGUAUAAUUAAGGAUAAUCGAGUAAACAAGGACACUAGUGAUAUUAAAAAAUUAGUGAAUUGUUGGCGCCAAGAGCAUGAAAGCGAAAAAACUGAGCGUGGCAGCAGCGAAAGGGAAUUGCAACAACUGUGUAUUAAUACACAUACACACAAACAUGCAUGUGUUAGUUAAAUUUACAUGAAUAGAAAUGUAAUUUUACGUGAAAUAUUAUACGACGACGGUGUGAAGACGACGUGGACGCCGGUCCGGUGGCAACUUGACUGCGCAACGUAGCUGACAGCUGACAACUGACUUACUGAAUAGCGUUUGAAUUUACAAGGCGGGGACGCUGACGCUGCACGCAACGCCGAUGAUAAUAAGCAGUGCUAAAUAAAAGAGAAGAGAAAGAAGAAGAGGAAUAAUCUUAAAUUAUUUGGGUAUUUUGGGGUCGUUGAUGGGGGUAUUAAAUAUUUAGACUGAUUUAUUUUUUAUCAAGCUGAAGAGAAGCAACCUUAAUUAAUUUACACUGCGCACUUUUUGCAUUCCAAGCGGCAAGCAAUUAAUUCAUUUUCAAACGCAUUACAACUCUUCGGAUGAUUCUAGAUCGCGUUAACUAUUUACUUCCCCGCUCACACACACACGCAGAUUGACAGAUGACACACACAUGUACAUGAAAACGGCAGCACCAAUGGGGAGGGGAGUUCAAUCGCUUAAUGGGACUUUUUGGGCAAUUAAAAAGUGAGGAUUUUGGUUUUUGUAAUAGCAUCGCAUUUUCUAAGCGAAAGGAAAUAUUUUCUAGUAGCCACAGAGUAAAAAUUUGCUUAGCAGACGCCAUUUCAUAGAAAUAUAAAAUAAAAGGCAACAAAAAAAAAAUUACUUAAGCAACGUUUACUUACACCUCUAUGGAAAUUCAUCAAAUAUUGUAUCACAUUUUUCUCAGUUUUCAGUAAUUAUAUAUUUCUAGCUGUUUUUAUUUUAUAUUAUAAGCCUAAAAAACUUUCAGAAAUUUUUUUGUUUUUGUUUUUUUUAUUUUACUUUUUCUUUUACCCAUUUGUUGCUUUUCUCCAUUGGUGGUGCCAUCCAAGAAUUCCACAGCGUCAAUUAUCCAAAUACUACAUAAUUUGCUUAAUUUUGUUUUUACGAAAAGGUGUUGUUUAAGUUUUUUUUUUUCAUUUGUUAUACACUUUUUUAAAUCGUUCAUAUUUAAUAACAAAAUUCGGUCUUCUGUGUAUACACAAAAAAUUACCGAAAGAGAAAACUAAAAGUGUAGAUGGAAGAAAAAAUAAAGAUUUAUCAUUAGAUAAGCAUUAACUAAUUGCAAAUUAUAUUUGAGAAUGUAUUGUAAAUAAAAAGUAAUAAUUAUUUUAAAUAAAUGUUAUUUAUAUUGAAAAUUAAAAAAUUUAGAGAAAAACUAUUGAAAGGAACUUCUAAAAUGCGCGCUGUUUAGUUAUGAAAUACGAUUUUUAAAGCAAAAUUCUUAGUUAAUACAAAAUAAUUAUAAAAAAAUCAAAAAUAAAAAAAAAAUAAAUUAAAAUAAUAAAAAAAACUGAAUCUACAAUACAUAUAAGUGUUUGCGCUUAAAGAAACGUUAAAAGAGCCAAAUGAAAAAGAAAAGAGAUGUUUAUUGACAAAGAAAAAAAGCAAAAACGAAAAAUUGUAAGAUUUUCAAACCGCAAAUGGCAGAGUAAUGAAAGUCGUAGCCCGAAUUGAGGCAGAGCUAAACAUUUAAAUGGCAACUGUCAAUGUUUGUAUGUUUGUAAGUCCUCUGGCGCAUGUAUGUAUGUGUGCGCAUACAACUUGUGAACACUGUAAGCUGUUUAUAGCACAUUAAAGCGUAAACCAAAAAUUUCAGGAGAGAAGUGAAAAGUUAAUGUGUAAGUGAAUAUAAAAUGCAUUUUUUGCUCAAAGAAAUUAAAAAAAAAAUAAAUAAAUAAAUAGAAAAUUCACAAAUCAAAGCGUUUUAUUAUUAAAGUGUUGGAAAUGUGCGAUUCGAAGGCAUUUCGUGCAUCAUUUUAUUGGACCUUCUUGGUGUGGAUGUAAGUAUGUGUUAUACAAG